AUGUCUGGGCUGCGAGUUAAUGUUGACAAGACCACAGCAGUCUGGAUAGGUUCUAAGAAGGAUUGCACCGAUAAACUGUGUGAUGAUAUCAAUGUUAAUUGUAUAUCGCCUCCCGAUACCUUCAAAGUGUUAGUUUCAGGCGGAUUCGUCCAAGCAAUCACUGGUGGAACCUUGUUCUUGGAACGAGGCCACCGUGAAAUCGUGCCCUGUCCUCUCGUCACAUCUCGCCAAAUCCCGCCAGGUGACGUCGUCGCCAUGUACUGGUACUAUGACUCAAUCAGCAUGACAUCCCUGCUCAUCUCGUACUUCUUCGGAAGGGUGGCCCCCCAAAACGGGAUCCCAGAGGGCGUCUAUGAUAUCGACGAUGAGUUCAGUCUCGUCAUUGAGAACGUCACCGCCUUCAAUGAGGGAACCUACUACUUUAAAGUGAAACCGCAUUUGAAAAUGAUAGAAGAGGGACAGGUUGAAAUUCGUGAGAAAGUCUCCCCUGUCCGGCCAUAUCCUACCGUCAUCGGCUGCAAUCAAGACCACGAUGCAGACACGUGCGAGUUGAGAGUACGACACGACAGCGCGGUGUACAACCUUACCUGCGUCAUGGAGCAGGUCAAACCUGCCGUGGAAUUGAGGUGGAUUCGUGCGCGUCCAGACGGAUACACGGAGCUGGAGCUGGAUGCUAACAAUACGGUCAGGCCUGUUACUCUAUCGACUCACACGGGUUCGUCGCUGAGGAACAACACCUAUUCAACUUCAGCAUCAAUCCAAGUUCCUUCGGUAGACGAUGAUGCAGAAUAUGCGUGUGAGGCAGUGGGUGUUGCUGUAGGGAACAGUAUUCGCACGAGGGUACGUCUUACCAAAACUCACCCCACAACGGCAACUCAUGACUCAACGACAGCUCAUGACACCAAGGCAACUCAUGAUAACGUAGGCAAAACUGGGGCUGUGGAUGACGAAUUAUUAACGAGUGACAACGAUCAAAUCCAGACAAGUGGCUACAUGAAUGUGCCAUUGGUGAUGUCUUCAGUCUCACUCCUAGGUAUUCUUCUCAUCAUGUUGUGCAGAGUCAAGUAUGACCCCAAGAUUCUUCACAGUGGUAGAUGGAUUAAUGCAGAUGUCUCCAAGUUUUAA